CUUAGGUUUUUCAGUUUCCUUAGGCUGUUCAGUUUCCUUAGGCUGUUCAAUUUCCUCAAGUUGUUCGUGUUCCUCGGGUUGCUCUAAUACCUCGAGUUCUUCCUUUAAUUCAUCAGUAACCUCCACCUUUUCCUCGUCUACUUUCAUUUCGUCUAAGUUUUCGGUGACAGUAGAUUCUUGUUGGGUAUUAGUCGUCAUGAUAGAAGCUGGUUCAGAUUGUUUCACGUCUACAUUAGGUUCAGGAGUACCAAUCUCAGUCUCUUCGCCUACAGUAAUGGUGGAUACAGACUGACUCUUUAAGCUCAAAGAUUCAUCGAGUUGGAUUUCUGUCACUUUUUCUUCAAUAAUGACAUUUUCAGCAUUGCUUUCCUUUUCAACCACAACGGCUUGUUCUUCUAUAAUGAUCUGUUGCGUUUCGGCUUGUGACUGCUUUGGUUUUAUGGUUUCGUUAUUAUCAACAGUAGUUACUUUUCGUUCUUUGACGGAUCGUGUGACAGGUUCCUGGCCUUUUUUGCUGUUGUCUUUUUUGUUGUUAGAAGCUUUCCAAGUCAAAAAUGUACAGGCCGUGAUAACAAUAACAACACCUACACCAAUAAGUGCGGCUUUUUUUGUUCUCAACUGAUUUGCGAUAUUAGACAUGCCGGGUUGUAGCAACAGAUUUUUUUUUCGAAAAAAAAAAUAUAUAUAUCUAGAGACGUUGUUCAAAGAAAGAGAAAAAGAAAAAGAAAA